CACAUUCCAACGAGCCAAGAAUUGUUGGAAUCGGAGCACAUAUGAAGAAGUUACGAAGAGGUGUUUGAUGGAUUUGUUACAACUCAUUGGAAGUCCUUGGCAGCUGCUACACCAAAGUUGGAGAGCCCUAUAACGAGGAGGGACCAGCAUGUGUGGGGCUUUUGUCCUCACCUUGCAGCUGCAGCAUUUGGGCUUCAAUCAUAGUGAUUCUGAGGACUGUCAAUUUCUCCUAGGGCAGAUUACCCCCAGUGCGCCAAUCGCCAUAGCUCACUCGAAAAGCUACGGAAUUGAGUGAUUCAACUUUCAGUGGAAAGCUGACGCUGCAAGCUACAACAUAUCCGAUUUUCAGAUUGUUUCACCGAUUGGAGUUUUAGAUAUAGCUUUUCGAAGGUCGCGAGUUUUCUGGGCGUCAUAACGAAGUGCUGCAGAAAUUUCCAAGGAGCCAUUGAAUCAUCUGCUUAUAGCCUUCUCUAACCAACAAGUGGUAUCAGAGCCCAUUAUCAAGCAUUUGGGACCUAAAAUACGAUGGGAGAUAAGGAGGACUCUGGUGGAGGUGAUACUUCAGUCCAAGGAGGCAGCUCAACCCAAGAUUCUGGCAUUGCAGCGCAAAGGGGAGCGCGUACAAGCCAGGGGUCACUGCUUAAGGAGGUGCUGAAGAACUUCACCAUUGAGAAGUUCUUUGGAGAUGGCUAUGAUGAUUGGGCAUGGAAGAUGCAGCUCUACUUUCGACAAAUUGGCCUCUUGAAGCUCAUGAUUGGAACGGAGCCCAGGCCAAAGGAAAUGGCAGAGCGAGCGGACUGGGAUGAACGUUCAUCUGCUGGGUAUUAUCUACUGUCACAAAGCUUGGAGCUGAACCAGAGGCAUCACAUCAUGCAUCUGCUGCCGGAAACUGAUUGUGGGCCCAAGGCAUGGGCAGUGCUCAAGGACCUGCACGCUCCGACAUCGGUUGCCGCUUCUCUCAUGCUGGAUCGGGAGCUGUCCAUGCUGCGGUUGAGCGAGAAUGAACCUGUGCAGCCCGUACUGGACAAGAUGAGGGAACUCUACGCGAAAUUGGCGAUUGCUGGCAUCACGUACCCCGAGCAGACUAAGUGUCUCAAGAUGCUCAGCCUGCUGCCCGAGUCUUGGCUGCAAUUUAUAAGCGGACUCAGCUUGCCACAAAACCAAAGUCAAUGGACAUUGGAGUGGAUUCGCACCAAGAUUCUGGAAGAAGAUUUUCGUCGCUAUACACUCCGUGGAGGUGAUGACAGCACCAGCGGCUAUGCCAUGCAAGGGACAUGGAGAGAUCGAGGGCGUGGCAAUCGCGGUCGCUCUUACUACAACCAAGGUGGUCGCGGGACUUGGAACCAGCGGGGGCGUGGUGGCGCUGGUGCAAGAGGAAGAGGUGGUCACUCCAACAAUGACAACAGUGAACCACGCUUGAGGGGAGAGUGCUGGUAUUGCAAGGAAGAAGGGCAUCCAUGGUUUCGCUGCUCUACCAAGCCCGACUGGUGGACCCCUUGGAACCAAUCGCAAAAGGGGAAUGGAGGAAAGCAACCACAUGGAGGUGCCAACAUGGUAGCUGAUCCUGCUGAAGAAACCUCCAAGGAUGACAGAGGAAUGGGAAAUGAGGAGAGGAAUGCUGGACAGUUCUACCAUGUGUGUGACAAAGAUGACAGUGGCACAGCUGUUGCAAGGGCUGGAGAGGAAUUGCACCCGCUUGACAUGUGGGUCAUGGACUCUGGUGCUGCCUGGACAAUGACACCACGCAAAGACUUGCUGGAUGCUGUGCGAGCGCCUCCAAUCUCCGAAGUGCGCUCAGCAUCCGGACAUGCAGUGAAGGUCGCUGGAGUUGGUCGAGCUGCAUUCAGAGCACCUGAUGGUGGACUGGUUGUGCUGAAGGACGUGUUACUCGUACCGGGGCUGAAGGCCAAUCUGAUAUCGCUGCGCAAGCUAGGCCAGGCCGGAGUCAGCACCACCACCAAUGGAUCCAAAACAUUCAAGGGGCUGCGAGGAGAUCGUGUGCUAUGGGAUUUACACGAAAGCAGAGAUGUCUUGAGAUCCAUGUGGCAGAUCCCUGCACUGAUAUGGGAAUCAACAAAGAAGGAGGUGGGAGCAGUAAAGGCGGGAUCUGGAGUCCAGGGGGAGUGCAAUGCAGUUAGUGCUGCAGGAGUGAUAGUUUCUGCAAGGUUGGGGGAGACUGAUUGGGAAACCGCACACAGGCGUCUAGGGCAUGUGGCCAUGCCAUUGCUGCAGCAACUGCAUAAGGAAGAAGCAGUAAAGGGGCUGAAGCUUUCUGGGCAACCAAAUGAUACCAAGUGCGAGACGUGUCUGCUGAGCAAGUUCACACGGUUCCCCUUUCACGGCGUAGCUGGGAAAAGCAAGGCAGCACUGGAACUGGUGCACAUGGACCUGGUAGGACCUUUCCAGUUCAAGGAAAGAAGGGGGAAAGAUACUUCCUAACAAUAGUUGAUGACUGGAGUCGGCUGAUGUGGGUAUACCCGUUGAAGCAGAAGGAUCAUGCUGCCUCAACAAUACGAGAUGAC